CCAAUGAGGAAAGAGCCGGAGGUUGUCACCGUAACCCUGAAGAAGCACAAUGGCAUGGGCCUCAGCAUCGUGGCUGCCAAGGGUGCUGGUCAGGAGAAGCUGGGCAUCUACAUCAAAUCUGUUGUCAAAGGUGGAGCAGCUGACAUGGAUGGCCGUUUGGCAGCCGGCGACCAGUUGUUGAGCGUAGACGGCCGCAGUCUAGUCGGUUUAUCACAGGAGAGGGCUGCAGAGCUGAUGACGAGGACGGGUUCAGUCGUGACCCUGGAGGUCGCCAAACAGGGAGCCAUUUACCACGGACUGGCGACGCUCCUCAACCAGCCGAGCCCCAUGAUGCAACGAGCGACGGACCGAGGUCGCGAUAAAAACGGGAAGAUGAGACCAAAGAGCGAAGGCUUCGAGCUGUACAACAACACGGUGCAGAACGGCUCACCGGACAGCCCGCAGCCUGGCUGGGACUCUUACCCCGAACCAAAGAAGAUGAGCGGAGAAGACCGGCUCCUGAAGAACCGGGCCGACCACCGCUCCAGCCCCAAUGUAGCCAAUCAGGGCCAGAGUGCUGCGAGUAAAUCUGUGUACCCCGGAGGACCUGGCACUAAGAUCACCUCCGUCUCUACAGGCAACCUUUGUGCCGACGAUGAACCCUCUCCUCCUCGUCCAGAGGCCUACCCCAUCCCCACCCAGACCUACUCCAGGGAGUACUUCACCAUCCCGGUCUCCAAGAGCCAGGAUCGGGUGGUGGGUCCUGGACAGGCACCCUCACAGCACUGGCAAGGCAUGGAGGACCGAGAAUGCCUCCCUUUGGUUGACAACAUCCACAACAACAGCCUGCAGCGAAUCAAUCACUCCCAGGAGGAGCUGUACCCCCCACCUGUGAGACCCGACGAGCGCAUGCAAACACAUUACCCACAGGAGUACCAGCACCGGGAUCUGGACUACCAACACCGAGGUCCACCAGGAGGUGUUGGAGGACCACCGGACCUCUGGACRCCACAACCCCCGGUCUCCUCGUCAUUAGAGUCGUCCACGUCGAGUCAGGAGCACCUCAACUUCUCCACUUCUUCCAUCUCUUCAAACAAAAGCCAGAACCAGAAGACGGGGGCGGGGCGAUGGAAGACCCCCAACGCGCCUCACAUGGUGCCGCCCCAUUCGGUACAGGCGCCGUCCCGUUCUGACCUGCCUCCUCCGCCGCCGCCACCUCCCGCCGCCUACCCCGACGCCUACGACCCGCAGGCCGACCUGCCGCUGCCGCCGCCUCCCACCGCCAUCAGCCCGGUGUCGGCCCAGCAGGCCGCCGAUCGCAAGAAACGAGAGGAGCAGCAGCGCUGGUACGAGAAGGAGAAGGCUCGGCUCGAGGAGGAGAGGGAGAGAAAGAAGAGGGAACAGGAGAGGAAGUUGGGUCAGAUCCGGGCAAACCCUGUCAUGCCCGUCCAGCCACACAACAACGGAGGAGCCAUGCCUCCUCCUCACCACCAGCCCCCCAUGGCCUCCAUGGCCCCGCCCCAGCCUUAUCUCCCCCCUCAGCCCCAGCCUCCCCCAUCCAGACCAGAGAAGCUGUCCAGCCUGCCACGGUCAGCGGUGCCUCCCGCCGCCGGUGCGUCCAACCCUCCAGGCAUGGACACCGUGAUCAGGGAGCUGCUCCCUCAGCAGCAGCCGCGGACCAUAGAGAGGCGAGACCUGCAGUACAUCACCAUCAGUAAGGAGGAGCUGUCGGCCAGUGACAGUUUGUCUCCAGACCCCUGGAAGAGAGACGCCCGAGAGAAGGCCGAGAAACAGCAGCAGCUUCACAUCGUCGACCUGCUGGACAAAGAGAUCCAGGAGCUCCAGGCAAAGCCCGAGCGAACAGCAGAAGAGAGCGACCGCCUCAGGAAGCUGAUGUUGGAGUGGCAGUUCCAGAAACGGUUGCAGGAGUCCAAGCAGGGCGAUGAAGAYGAGGAAGAGGAGGAGGACGACGAGGACAUGGACACGAUGCUGAUCAUGCAGAGGCUGGAGGCCGAGAAGAGAGUCAGGCCAUCUUACCCAUCAGCUCACGCUCCAGAAUCAAAUCUGCAGUUAAGUUGACGAGGAGUGGGCGGGUCGCAGGAAAUUCUAGGCUGAUGGGGAGAAAAACAGAACUGGCUUUUUCUUUUUUUACGCUUCAAGAGGAAGUGGAUUCCUCUGUGGCGGCACUCCCACUAUGAAUGUCGCGCAGUGUGCAUCUGCAACAUGCUUCUGUCAUCGCUUUGCCAUGCUGCGCUGCUUAAAUCUGAUUGGCUGGAUGGGUGGAUGGCAGGGUGUGGGCAGGAAGGAGGGCAACAUUUUCUGCUAAAAUAGACUCGGUGUUGGGACAGAAGUUUCCUGAAGAUGAGUGUUUCCACCGGUCAGCUUCCUUAAACUCACGAACACGGUGACGAGCGGUCGUAGUCGGAGAAUUUCACGCAUCGCGUUCCAAACAUUCGGUUUCUUUUUGAGCCGUUCUGUUGUGGACUUGCUGUGUUUGGGAUCUUUGUCUCGUUACUUGACCCAGAGGAGUUCAGGUCCAGUCAAAGGUUCUGUAGGGUUCAGAGUGUUUCAAGAUCAAAAAGGUUUACAUGCUUAAAUAAGGUAGCUAACUUCCUGCGCGACAAAAUCUUAACUUCUUUAAGAAUUUUAAUUCUGUCAACUUUUUUAUUUUCUUUUAUUCACUCAAUAAUAAUAAACGUAAAUAGUUAAUUUAACAAAAAACAAACAAACAAUGAAAUAAAAGGAGAAGAAAGAAGUACAAACUACGGCUGUGAAAUUAAUUGAGUUAACUCUGAUUAAUUUUAGUGCWGGGCCGAGAUUAAAAAAUUUAAUCGUGAUUAAAAUAUAAAAUCUCUUUACUCUGUCUGAAUCUGUAGGUUUGUAUAUUACAAUGCACUCAGUGUCAGGUCAUGUUUAUAAAUGAGAAGUGGUUCUCAAACAGUUUACCUGCAUAAAUAAGUGUUAAAUAAAUAAAUAAA